GGCAUCUAUUCGCUUCACUGUUUUCUUUCCAGUCGUUCGUUAUUGUCCUCCUCCUCUGGAUUGAGAUGGCUCGAACCUCACGGGCCGACUCCCUAACUACUCCGGCGAGUAAUAGUCUCUAGGUGGGCAGAAAAAGUGUCGGGGCAAAGCGCAAGGAUCCGUCGAAGGGUGGCAAGGGCAGCCCAAACUCUCAACGAUCAGCAGCCGAGUACAACAGCCUUGUUGACGAUGCUGAUGAUACUGAUACCACCACCGACGUUGAAUCAGAAGAGGGCGAGGAGUCUCAGCUAGACGAUGAUGACCACGUCCGCGACUUGGAGCGCCAAGAGGGCGGACAAUCUCCAGAAGAAGAAGAAGUUUUGGACGAGCCGCAGGGGAGGAAAAGAGGGAAGACAAAAGGGUGCGCCCUGUGAACCCGGAUCCAGAAGACGAGUCCGACGAACGUCUCCCUGCUGCCGCCGCCAGACACAGCAAGAAGCAGAAGAAGUCUAGUGUACGUUCGUAAAGCUUGCAACAGGAAGCAGCGGGAAAAGAGCCUGCGUCGAGCCGAACGCGUACGGCUCCAACCCAAUCCCGAGCCCUUUCUCAACAUUCAAGCUCCAACAGUGCUACUAGUAACUCCACACACCGCUACCCAGGGGACCGGAUUCUGACUGGCGCUGGUCGCGCCAGCUCGUCUUGUGACAUGUGUCCCCAAACUGUCCAGGAUAGCUCUGGUACUACAGCCUCGUCAAUCUCAAGCCACAUCCCUCGCACAACAGACAAUCCUGCUCCACAUCGUUCUCAGCCGGGAAGGGCUUCUUCUUCAGGCUCAGAACAACCCGAAGAGCCUGACACCUCGUCGGACGGCCUUGAGGAUUCUGACGUCGCUGCCCAAUCGGGAGAUCUCACGGGUUUGCCGAUUGAGAACCAGAAUUGUCGGCUUCCUCACGGCGUUGAGCCGCAUGAACGGUGUCCAAAAACGCGCGAAAGACCACUUCAGACAUCUGUGCAAACAGAGCAAUGGCAUUGCGAAGACGUAAUAGGUGUUCUUCGCCUUUCUUGAAGGACGGGAUGGAUUCACACCUUGAGGUACACCAACAGUCAUGAAUGCCUCGAAUUCCUUAUGUCUGCCUCUCUCCUCCCCAAAGAACAUCUUGUGUGAACGCCCAGCCUAGUCUUGUGAAUAACAUGAAUAUUUCAAUAGCAGC